CCCAGUAAAAUCUCGCAUUAACUAUAAAAUACUUUUAUUAACCUAUAAAGCACUAAAUGGUCUCGCGCCACAAUAUCUAAGCGACCUUUUGGUUUUAUAUAAUCCGCCACGCCUACUUAGAUCAAAAGAUGCAGGCUAUUUGACGGUACCUCGAAUAGUGAAGGCUACAGCAGGGGGAAGAGCUUUCUCUUAUAGAGCCCCACAGUUAUGGAACAGUCUUCCUAUUAGUGUUCGGGACUCAGACACAGUCUCAGUGUUUAAGUCUAGGCUUAAAACGUAUUUGUUUACUCAAGCCUACCCUGACUAGAUUCUGUUCUACUACUUCGCAGUCAUAAUAAUCUUUUUUCUCCCUCUCUCCUUUCGCCGAGCCCCACAUGAAUUUAUGGAGAUACUAGAGAUCCAGAUCCUUUCUGCCUCUGGAUGGAGCUCAAAUCUUCUUUAAUUCCAGACUGCUGGGACUACGGCUGCUCCUAAGGCCAUACAGACUUCAUAUAAAUCCUUAAUGAACUUUUUCACACUAUCUGUUGUUACCCAGAUGAGGAUGGGUUCCCUUCUGAGUCGGGUUCCUCUCAAGUGCCAUGAAUGUCUCAGAGACUGACUCUGACACUAAUUCAAACUCGGAUGGCAGAACUAGGACAAACCCACCACGGCUUGCAAAGAGCCAGGGGCCCAACAGUCAAUAAGGAAAAGUGAAAAGUUGUAUAAACAUGCAGACAACAGAUUAUGAAUCUUCACGCUCACGGCCCAAUUUUAAUGAAGAUGAACGCGAUUUUUCCAGCAGUUCAAGACAAAGACAGAAACAAGGAGAAGGACAGGAGAAGAAAAAAAUGUCUGACAAGUUAAAGGAAAUGACAGAGAAGAAGAAACAACUUGAGAGAUCGUUAGAAGAGGAGAAGAAAAUGAAGACCAAAACGGAGGAGAACAACAAGAAACUUGAGAGCUUGUUAGAAGAGGAGAAGAAAAUGAAGUCCGAAACGGAGGAGAAGAACAAGAAACUUGAGAGAUUGUUAGAAGAGGAGAAGAAAAUGAAGACCGAAACGGAGGAGAAGAACAAGAAACUUGAGAGAUUGUUAGAAGAGGAGAAGAAAAUGAAGUCUGAAACGGAGGAGAAGAACAAGAAACUUGAGAGAUUGUUAGAAGAGGAGAAGAAAAUGAAGACUGAAACGGAGGAGAAGAACAAGAAACUUGAGAGAUUGUUAGAGGAGAAGAAAAUGAAGACCGAAACGGAGGAGAAGAACAAGAAACUUGAGAGAUUGUUAGAAGAGGAGAAGAAAAUGAAGACCGAAACGGAGGAGAAGAACAAGAAACUUGAGAGAUUGUUAGAAGAGGAGAAGAAAAUGAAGACUGAAACGGAGGAGAAGAACAAGAAACUUGAGAGAUUGUUAGAAGAGGAGAAGAAAAUGAAGACCGAAACGGAGGAGAAGAACAAGAAACUUGAGAGAUUGUUAGAAGAGGAGAAGAAAAUGAAGUCUGAAACGGAGGAGAAGAACAAGAAACUUGAGAGAUUGUUAGAAGAGGAGAAGAAAAUGAAGACUGAAACGGAGGAGAAGAACAAGAAACUUGAGAGAUUGUUAGAAGAGGAGAAGAAAAUGAAGACCGAAACGGAGGAGAAGAACAAGAAACUUGAGAGAUUGUUAGAAGAGGAGAAGAAAAUGAAGUCUGAAACGGAGGAGAAGAACAAGAAACUUGAGAGAUCGUUAGAAGAGGAGAAGAAAAUGAAGACUGAAAUGGAAAAGGAGACUGUACGAAUUGAGAGGUUGUUAAAGACGGAGAAAAAAGAAAAGACUAAAAUGGGAGAGAAGAACUGGGAACUUGAGAGAUCGUUACAGGAGGCAGAUCAUGAUAACAGAAAACUAAAGAAAAACAUUCAGUCUUUCACUUGGAUCGCCUCUGUGCUGGUUCUGGUUCCACUGUGUAUUGGAUUGCGCUUAGCUUUCAAAGGACAUGAGAUGAAUCAUCAUGAGCUUAGACUGAUGUUGGUGGGGAAAACUGGAGCAGGAAAGAGUGCAUCAGGAAACACCAUCCUGGGUGAAGAGGCCUUCAGAGUCGAGGCAUCUCCUGCAUCUGUGACCGCAAGCUGUAUAAAGAAGAACAAAGUCCUGGAUGGAAGAAACAUCACCAUAAUUGACACUCCUGGUGUCAUGGACACAUGGUUAAUAUCUAACCAAACGGCCCACCAUGCACAUGAAUGUAUCUCCAUGUCUUCUCCUGAUCCUCAUAUGUUCCUGCUGGUGAUCAGACUGGGAAGGUUCACAGCGGAGGAGAGCAGUGCUGUGAAGUGGAUUCAGGAUAACUUUGGAGAAGAAGCUCUGAAGUUCACCAUGAUUCUGUUCACUGGUGGAGAUCUUCUGGAAGGGAAACCAGUGCAGAAGUUUAUCAGUAAUAGUUAUGAUCUCCAGAAUCUUGUAGAUACCUGUGAAGGUAGAUAUCAUGUUUUUAACAACUAUGAUCAAAGUAACCGCACUCAAGUCACAGAGUUAUUUGAAAAGAUAAACGCAAUACUACACAAGAACAUGGGUUACUUUUACACAAAAGAGGUUCAUCAGAAGGUCCAGAGAAGCACCAGAGAAGAGGAAGAGAGGAAGAGAGUGAUUUUAGAGAAAGAGAUUAAAAUGGAGGAAGAGAAGAAGAGAAUGAUGUUGCAAGAAGAGAUCAAAACAGUGGAAGAGAAGAAGAGAGCUGUGAUGGAGAAACUGAUCAGAGAAGAAGAGAAAAUUCAAGUUGAACAGCUAGCAAGUGAGGUGAAAGCAGAGGCACAGAGAGAGUGUAACAUCAAAGAGAGAGAAAUCAGACAUGAAGAGGAAUUAAAUAGGAAACUUGUAGAAGAAGAGAUGAAGAUGGAGGAGAGGAGGAAGGUGAAUGAGAUGGCAAUUAAACUGAGAGAUGAACAAUUAGAGAACAAAAAUCUUAAGGCAGAGUUAGAACAUGCUAAUAGUACAUCUUUCUGGUUCAAGGUCUCAACUGGCAUACUCAGUCUAAUUCUGGUCCUUGUAAUGAGGGUGAACAACUACAAAAAAAAAAAAGAGAAUAGCUGAAUCAUUAGGCUAAGGAGCUAAAAUAGGGUCCCUGGUAUCUUUAAAAUUAACAGCAAAUUGAAAUUAAACUUCCCCGUUUUCCUGGUGCAAGUCGUUUAAUUUUCCAUAUGGUCUUACAGAUGAUAAUAAUGAUUUGCAGGACCCAAUUUAUAUGUAAAGUUAUGAAUGUUAACUUUAAUUAAAACUUUCAUUGAAAUACUCUAAAUUCAAAGGCCAAAAAUUCAGAGCUGAUGCACCUCGUCAGAUAUGUCAUUAAUUUUGUGGGUUUUUUUUUUUUUUUUAAAUUGAACUAAAUGACUUAAAUUGUUAAUUUUAUUCAAAUUACAGAUAUGUACAGUCAGCUCCAGACUUAUUGGCACCCUUUCACAGAACAGGCAAAAACUAUUAGAUAUCAGAUCUCACAGUUGGCUUGGGAUUGUACAUCACUUUGAAUAAAAGCAGUAGGCCAAGUGAAGUAAAUGGAAGAGAGAGCCUACUGCCACUGCAACCCCCACUAAAAAAAUGCAGUAAGAAAAUGAAUGAAAUUGUGGUGUUAGACAAGACCAACAUCAUGAUCUGGUGAAGCGUGGGAACUUCAUAAAGGACCAAACACUUAUUAUGGGAAAAACUUGAAACAUGCCAGUAGGCCAGUAGGCACUUCUGAAACAUGCCAGUUGGUGGACUGGCUAAGAUAAAUUGUCCCUAGUUGUGAAUAAGUGUGUGAAUGGUGUCAUGUGAUGGACUGGCUUCCCAUCCAGGGUGUAUUCCUGCCUCAUACUCCGUUCUCCUGGGAUAGGUUCCAGAUUCACCCUAACCCUGACAAGGAUAAAACACUUACACAGUUACUGAGUGAGAGCCUUUUAUUCAAAUAAAUCUAUACAAUGUUUCUGUUUGUUCAUUUUAUAUAUUCAUUUUAUAUCUUACUUAUUUUUCAGAAUCAAUUGAAAUGUGUAUGAUUAUUUAAAAUGAUACAUUUUUGUAAUAAGUAAAGGAUAGAAUAAAAAGUAAGGGGAUUUUUUUUUUAUCAUGUGUUUGGAAUUUUUUUAUUGAUUAAAAUGA